CAGGCGGGGGAGCCCCUUUCUCAGUAACACACCACAGCAUCACCGCCUCGCCUCACUGAAAAAGACGGGAGAGAAAUGCAAAGGGAUGUAAGAUGGCAGAGCUACAAAUGCUAUUAGAGGAGGAGAUCCCUGCCGGUAAAAGAGCACUUGUGGAAAGCUACCAGAAUCUGUCCCGGGUUGCGGAAUACUGCGAAAACAAUUAUGUCCAGGCUCAAGACAAGAAGAAGGCGCUGGAGGAGACCAAGGCCUACACCACCCAGUCUCUGGCCAGCGUGGCCUACCAGAUCAAUGCCUUAGCUAACAAUGUGCUGCAGCUGCUGGACAUCCAAGCCUCACAACUACGACGCAUGGAGUCCUCUAUCAACCACAUCUCCCAGACGGUGGACAUUCAUAAAGAAAAGGUGGCACGUCGGGAGAUCGGCAUCCUUACCACAAAUAAGAACACCUCUCGCACCCACAAGAUCAUCGCCCCGGGCAACAUGGAGAGGCCGGUGCGCUAUAUUCGAAAACCCAUCGACUACACGCUGCUGGAUGAUGUGGGACACGGUGUCAAAUGGCUUAAGGCCAAGCAACAUGGGAACAACGCAGCAGGACGCGGUGGGACGCUUUCUAGGACCAACCCCCCAACACAGAAACCCCCGAGCCCCCCCAUGGCUGGUCGUGGUACCCUGGGGCGUAACACUCCCUAUAAGACACUGGAGCCAGUGAAGCCUCCGGUGGUGCCUAACGACUACAUGACCAGCCCGGCCCGACUGGGCAGCCAGCACAGCCCUGCACGCACAGCCUCGCUCAACCAGAGGCCCAGGACGCACAGCGGCAGCAGUGGUGGUAGUGGCGGCAGGGAGAACAGUGGAAGUAGCGGAGUUGGUGUCCCUCUGGCAGUUCCGACUCCCUCCCCUCCCAGUAUGGGACAAGUGGCAACAUCCUCGGCCUCGGUGCCCCAGGGUCCCGGCUUGGGUCCCAUCCCCAUGUCCCAGUUCGGCACCAUUUCCCGCCAAAUCUCCCGUCACAGCUCCACCACCUCCUCAGCCUCCAUGGUGUCAGCCACUGGCACCUACCGCCGUGCGCCCUCUGUCUCCUCCCAGCAGCCUCACAUCAACGGGGGCCCUGCUUAUCCACAGAACUCAGUGUCUGUGGCUCCCCCCCCUCCUCCUCCCAUGGUCCAGCUAACCCCGCAGAUCCCUCUCACGGGCUUUGUAGCCAGAAUGCAGGAGAGCAUAACAGACGGCCCUGCCCCACCUCCCCCGCCUCCACCAGAGGACAUGGGUGUGUUUGAGGAGCCCUCUCCCCCUCCUCCUCCCCCGCCCGUGGACUACGAGGAAGAAGAGGCAGCAGUGGUUCACUACAGUGAUCCCUACGCUGACGGAGACCCACACUGGGCCCCCAAGGCUUAUUUAGAGAAGGUUGUGGCCAUCUACGACUACACCAAGGACAAAGAGGACGAGCUGUCCUUCAUGGAGGGAGCCAUCAUCUACAUAAUCAAGAAGAACGAUGACGGCUGGUUCGAAGGCGUCUGCAACGGCGUCACUGGACUCUUCCCGGGAAACUAUGUCGAGUCCAUCAUGCACUAUGCUGACUAAAAACAAAACGCGCCCACCCAAAAUAGCACUGCAGCUUUGAACAGAGGUAAGAAAGUGAAGGCAUGCACGUACUGUACAGGCAGUGCAGCGAUAGCAGUCCAUACGACUCCAUUGCCACCAUGGCGACGUCUUUGGAAUUUACAAAAUGGUCCCCCCAGUUUAAAAAAAUAAGUGUUGCACAAUGGAGGAUGCUGAAGCAUUGUCCGGGGUCUGUUAGUUUACACUGUGGGCGAAAAGGAGAUAAAGGCCUUCCUCCUUCUACCCCUGUCAUGUGUGGUAGUCAGUAACGGUUACAUUUAGCCU